AAUAAUGGUAAAUUUCGUAUUCACAUUCAAAAAUGCGCGGGAAUAUUUUACACGUUCGUUCAGUGAUUUUAGUUCGAAGUUAACAGCAUACUAACAAAAUGUCUGCCCAAGCAGCACCUCGACCAGUGCAGGUGUCUCCUUUUAUUAAAUUUUGUCGAUGGAGUCUUCUGUUAACUGGGGUGGUUUAUGGGAUUUACCAUCAAAGGAGGCUUAGUAAAAGAGAAAAUGCAUUGCGUGAACAAGAUCUUAAAGAAAAACCUAUUAGAGAUGCAAAAAUAGCAGCAGAGAAAAAGAGGCUUCAGGAAGCUGAAAUGAAAAUAUUGAAUGACUUGUUCACACCACCAAAAUAAAAAAUAUUGUUUUUAGUAGUAUACAUGUGUAUUUUUUUAAGUUAAUAUUAAAUUACCAUUUGAAAAUUUUCUAUUAUGUUAACUCUCCUUCAGAUUUUCAAUAGAUAUAUUGUAUAUGUAUAUAUUAAAUAAAAUAAUUUAUGAUA